AUGGCCUUCUUCGCCCAACCCAGCCUCACCCCCCUCCUCCAACUCCUCAACGACUACGAGUCCACACCCCAGGAGACUCAGGAGUACUACAAGCCCCGCCGCAACAACACCAAAUCCUCUCGCGGGUGCCCCAAGCUCCAAGCCCCUCCAGCCCCACGCUCCUUCAUGCCCGCCUUCGACGUACGCGAACUCACAGACGCCUACUACCUAGACGGCGAGCUGCCAGGCGUGGACCAAAGCCAAAUCGAGAUUGAGUUCACCGACGCCCACACCCUCGUAAUCAAGGGCCACACAGAGCGCAACUACAACAACGAGGACAACGCCACCCCAUCCUCCAGCCGCAGCUCUUCUCCUGCAGGCUGGCACCAGCCCACUGUCGAAGACGAAGAUGCAGAGUCCACUACCGGUAGCUCGGCCGGCAGUGUCGACACCGCUGCUUCGGGCCAGGCUCAGGCAGAGAAGGAUGAGCCGCACUAUUGGGCUGCGGAACGCUCCACUGGUGACUUCCAGCGCACUUUUAGCUUUACGGCGCGCGUGGAUCAGGAUAAUGUCCGGGCGAGCUUGAAGAAUGGGAUUCUGUCCGUUGUUGUUCCUAAGGAGGCUACGCCUACGCCGAAGAAGAUUCGCAUUCUUUGA